AUGGAAACAGUACGAAUCACCAAGCGAGUGCCCAAAUCGUGCGAAGACUGCUAUCGACGUCGCGUCAAGUGCAACAAGCAGAUUCCCUGUGAUGUGUGCCUCCGACGGGGAACACAAGACACCUGUCGACGAGAGAAAGUGAUGGUCAAUGGCCGGGUGUUCAAUGAGACCUCCACCGAAUACACCAAAGCACUCGAGCUCAAGAACCGUUUGCUCCAAAAGGAAAACAAUUACUUAAAGGCAAAGAUGGAAGAGUUGCAAAACACCAGCUCCAAUUCCACGACCAAUGUUGCCGACUCUGAAACCCAGAAGGUAAGUGAGUACGUACACUUUGGUAAGACCGCCAGUCUCUUGAACCUCGUAUCGCAAGCGUCGUCCAAGAUCGACUAUACUUACGACGACUACGACCGGCUCCUGGUGGUCUUGACGUACGAGGUGUCGUUGGAGUUGAUCCGGUUCAACUUUGAUCUGCUCUACUUUUUCCAUGCGGUGGUGAUCCCGGAGAUCUUCCUCAAGGAACACGAGCAAUUCUUCACCACCGACGGACAGCACAUCAACAACCAGAUCCUGAAGACCCGCGAUGAGUAUUUGUGGCUUUCGGUGUAUUAUGCGUUAAUCAGUAACUCGUUUUUCCUUCUUGACUCCCACCACAUGAAACAGCUUCACAUCGAUGAAACCCAUGCCAACCGGCUUGGAACCAUCGCCUGGUAUGCCAGCAUCGAGAGUUUGAACCGUGGGCAGUAUCUCCAGUUCCCCGAUGUGCGUAGCUUGCAAACGUUUGGAAUUCUAGCCACCUGCCUUCGGUUUUUUGGACUCCACACCCAGAACACCCUCCUUAAGAUAAUGAUCUAUAUUGCCCGCAGCUUGAACCUCGAUAAACUCGUCAAGCCCAAUAAGGACUUGAACUUGUUGAACUUUGAGCUCAGUUGCCGGAUCUGGUGGCUCUUGGUGGUGGUGGACUGGUUUGAAGAUACCUGGAACAAUCGCAGCAGCGAGAUUAACGACUUCACGACCCCCCGGCCCCGUAACAUCUCGGACUUCAACUUAAUCAAUUCCAUCGAGAGCGAGUCGACUGAGUUCCUCCCCAUCACCUUCAACUUGUUCAUCUACGACUUGUCGGACUUCAAAAAACAUUACUACUAUACCACCACCACCGAAACCACCGCCGACACCACCCGUCUACAGCACUUGGAGUAUGCGGCGGCCAAGAUCGAGUCACUUCGCACCAAGAUGGACGUGUACUCUAUUCCUGCCAAUGCCGAUAACUGUGUGAAAUUCGCUCAGUUCAUCCUCAGCUGCAAAUUCAGCCAUGAAUUGUUGGUGGUGGGACGACAUACCAUCAACUGGAAGCAGGCUCACGAUCUUCUGUUUGGUCCUGAAAUCAAGAUGUGCACCGAUAGCAGCGUCAACAUGAUCGGGUUGGUCAAUAAUCACAAUUAUCCCGAUUUCUACAAACGGUACUGGCUUGUUCCCGAGCACAGUAUCAAUGGGGCAGUUUUCCUCUUGCUCAACAUCAUCUUGGAUGAAAAAAGCAUCAACGUACACAAAAUCAAGGUGAUCGAGGUCUUCAUUGUCAACCUCCAAAAAUACAUCAACGUGCCCAACAACCCGAUAUCCAACGGGAUGCGUAUUCUCAAGAGACUCGUGGAGAUCAUCCAGCAGAAGUUUAAUAAUGAGUCCUACCGGUUAGAGAUCAGAGAGGUGAGCAAUCUUCUUACGCAGUUGGAAGAUUUCCAGAAGGUCUACAAUUACGGAGCCAAUGGUUCACCGGCAUUUCUUCAUGACAAGUACUGGGAUGAGUUCCUCCAAUGGAUGUCGCACGAGACCUAUGCAUAGAAGCUUCCAAUAUAGAGAUUAUGCAUGGACAGGAGUUAAUACC